AACUUUCUUCAUCUGGAUAAAGCGAUAAACCCUUGUCCUCUGUUCAAUCUUUUAGCACUCCCCAUUUUUCCAAGCUUCAUUUCUUCAGAAUUGAACCCUGCCCAGAAGAGAAUAAUGAACACUAUGUCAUCCGCUUGUGUAUUUUCCCCAGCUCCAAAUCUCCUCCAAAUCCCCUCUUCAAAACUCAUCAAAACCCAUUUCUCAAGACUCAAUUUUAACGGCCUUAAACCCCUUAAAACCACUCUCAAAUUCACUUUCCAUUCACCCCAAACAACCAGAGAGCAGCAGCCCACAAGACUAAAUGCUGUUGCUGAAGAAGAAAGUGAAACAGCCUCAGUUGCCACAGCUGCAGACCCUUCUUCUGAGGCUGCAAGAAGGCUUUAUGUUGGGAAUAUUCCUCGGACUGUCACCAACGACGAGCUUAAAAGGAUUGUUGAAGAACAUGGUGCUGUUGAGAAGGCCGAGGUGAUGUAUGACAAGUGGUCUGGAAGGAGCCGGCGAUUUGCAUUUGUGACAAUGAAGACUGUUGAGGAUGCAAAUGCAGCUAUUGUAAAGCUCAAUGAAACAGAAAUUGGUGGGCGUAAAAUCAAAGUAAAUAUUACUGAAAAGCCAUUGCAAACUUUGGAUUCGUCACUUCUUAAAGCCGAAGAAUCCCAGUUCAUUGACAGUCCACACAAAGUUUAUGUGGGUAAUCUUGCAAAGGAUGUAACCACAGAUAAAUUAAAAAACUUAUUUGCUGAGAAGGGUAAGGUACUUAGUGCUAAAGUAUCACGGGUUCCUGGGACUUCUAAGUCCAGUGGUUAUGGAUUUGUUACAUUCUCUUCAGAAGAGGAAGUAGAAGCUGCCAUUUCAUCUCUGAAUAAUGAGAUUCUCGAGGGACAGAGGAUUCGUGUAAAUAAAGCUUAGAUAGGGUGCGGAAACCUGUGCAGUGCAUUUUUGUUCUCUAACUAAAGCAAUGGAGAACCAGAACGUUCUUUGUGGAACAAAACCAAGGCUGGAGUUAACUGUGUAAAAACAGUGCUAUAUAUAUUUGAGACCUUAUAGAUUUAUUUUACAUGCCCCAUUGGCUUUAGAUGUAGGUUUAGCUACUGGGUUUUCCACCAUAUUUUGUUGUGGUGGUAAUUCAUAACGUUUUAUUCUGUCACAUGUUGAUGUGUAUGUGAAAUUUAAAAUCCUCAUUGAGUGGGGUCUGAGGUAAAGAGAAACAGAAAAUUUCUCGAAGGCUUCUGUGCUGUGGCUAGUGCCUGAAUAUUUCCUGGCUUGGACGACUUGGUGAAGAGAAAACCAAGGCCUGAGUUAAA